CAACAAGGUGCUGAUGAUGAUUCCCAAUCCACAACCUGUCAUCUAUUUUCAUUCACAUUCACCCGCCACCUGGCGGGGAUGAUAACUCCUCGUCCGCCGCAAGCCGCUCUGCCCUGUUCUAAAGGGCAACGUUCAAUGACGAAGCUCGGAGAGUCGGGCGUACAUAUCCUCAAAGUCGCGCUUGAUGAGCCUUGGACACGGAGAAAAUGAGGAAGUGUGCAAUCACCGAUGCACUGCAAAAGCUAAUGCUAAACGGGAACAUGUGGGGCAGCAGAAAGCACGCGGGGCGCUUCUGAUUUUGCGGGGUUGUCGUCCCACCAAGGGCCUGUCACUCUGCAUAACUCAUGAAUCGUGGGAGCUCGGGCGGUGAAUGUUCGGACAUUCGGAGCCUCCGCUCCCCCGCCAUGUGGCUUGGGGCUGGGCAUGAGCCUCAGAACAUAAAACCUUCUGUCCAUGGAGCGGGAGUUCAGACGGGAAUUGACCGGCUGCAGCCUGUAACAAUAAUCAUUAGCUUAUUGUUGUUGCAGAGCUUCCAUGUAGAUGUGCAGUUGCAUCCGUCACGUCACCCGACCUUGAGAACUGCUCAAGUGCUGUCAGCCCCGGGACGUGCAGCGCUGAAUACAUCAUCAGCAGUGAACUGCCACAUCUGUCAGUCCUUCCGAGACAGAGGACGCCAAGUCUUUCCUUGUCGGCGUAGGCCGCGGUACUGUACUGUGCGUACCUGGACCAGUGCCUGGGUUCCAGUUUGCAAGAGCUGGAACGCCCUUGGCGUCUGCAAUUUUGUUGGCGUCCAACGGCUGGUCCGCGUGGCAGUGGUACGCAAUCAUCUAGACCACCUGGAUCGGAAAAUUAUCUUCGCCGUGGGGAAUCAGGGGCAGACUAACCUGAGGGAGACUCGAAGUCAACUCCAUUAUGAGAGUCCGAUUACGAAGCAAGCCGCCGUUGGCCAAGGCCAGCUCCCCGUGCUUGCAAGGCUCCUGUGCAUCCGGGAAGGAUGGGGGUGGGGAAACCAGGGGUGUUCGGGCAAACACGGCGUAUACCAUGUUGAUGCUGGUGUGCACCAAGAAGCCUGCAGAGAGCUAGUUGCAGUCAAAUGUGUGUUGAAUCAGGUUUACUGAUGUUGAUAUGCGAAGCAGCCCGGCGGGUAGCAUGGCGCGAAGUCAGAAUCGUCGUCAGGGUCUCAACGUGCAUGUCCAUAUAACUCGAAUUCGAAGCCGCUGCUCAUGUCUUUCAAUCUGGUGCUGGACGAGGGGAUGACAUCCCAUCCCUUUGGAAGCAUAUGGUAUG